UUGUGUGUGUGUGUUUUUUAAAAUAAUCUCUAAAAUGUAAUUUUGCAUGACACUUACAUAAAUACAUAUUGCCAUAGUUACGACUUCUGAGUCGCACAAAAGCUGUGUUCUACUAGCUAAUUUACGACAUAGCAUAGAGAAAAGUUAAACAUCUACCACAUAUUCUAAAAAUAUAUUUUAACAAGAUACCCUUAGCGAAAAGUUCAAAUGUUUCGUUCACUUUAUUUUCUAUGCCUCUUGUCCUCAUUGGGCCACAUGUACGCUGGAGCCUAUCCCACCUGGCUUGCGGUGAGAGUUGUGUUAACCCUUGGACUGCCACACCAGAAGCUGGCAUAUCAGCCCAGGUGGUGGCGGCUAUAGACAUAAACACAACUGCUAAUCAGAUCUACAAGCACAAUUUUCCAGACACGCCACUCUGGAACAAGACCAUUGAGGGUAUACCACUUGAUGACUUCAAUAAAUUGUGCUUUGAUGUGAUUUUGAUGAGUCCUCCAUGUCAACCUUUUACCAGGUUGGGGUUGUAUCGUGAUGUCACUGAUCCGAGAACCAAGAGUUUCCUUUACAUUCUUCAACUUCUACCAAGGCUACACCAGCUUCCUCGCUUCAUCCUCCUAGAAAAUGUCAAAGGUUUUGAGAAUUCUUCUGCCAGACAACAUUUAGUGGAAAUGUUGAGCAAAUGUGGCUACACUUACAAGGAGGUCAUGGUCUCACCCACAAGUGUUGGGAUCCCAAAUUCAAGACUGCGUUACUUCCUGAUGGCAAAGCUUUCACCGUGCAUGGUGAGACAUAAUUCUGAUUCCUCGGUGCUCAUUGCUGACAAAGAGUCCUCUGAAGAAGCUGAAGGUUCAGAUGCUCUAAGUGUAGUUCCAUGCCUGCCAAAAGAAAAGCACAGCGAAGCUAAUGUGCUUUAUAAACUGGAGACCACAAACGAAGCUCUAAGAAAGAUGAACCAAAAUAUUGAUUUGUCUGUCAGGCAAGUCCAAGAUUUCCUGGAAGCAGAAGAGAACAUUGAUCAAUAUCUUAUUCCUCACAAAACUUUGUUGCGUUAUGCUCUAAUCCUGGAUAUUGUAACGCCUCUCUGCCGCAGGUCGGUCUGCUUUACCAAAGGGUAUGGACGGUAUGUGGAAGGAACUGGCUCGGUACUCCAAAGCUGCAUGGAAACAAAGAUGGAGAGUGUGUUUCAGCAUCUAAAUCAGUGCUCAGAAAAAGAAGAAAAACUACAGCUGCUCCAAAAAUUGAAGCUGCGUUAUUUCACUCCCAGAGAAGUCGCCAACAUGAUGGGCUUCCCCAAAACCUUCUCUUUUCCAGCACAUAUUUCAACCCAGCAGCGGUACAAAGUCCUCGGAAACAGUCUUAAUGUUGUCCUGGUAGCUUCACUUCUACGAGAGCUCAUCUCCUAGCAGAAGUACUCCUUUUUAAUUGUAAUUGUGUAUUUUAUUAUUUUUACAGGUUAGUUGUACUGCCUUGUAUUUGACAAUUCCUAUUAAAUGUGGAUUAUUUAUUUCAUGCACACUGAGAUCUAAAGUAGAGAAAUAUUCCAAAUGACAUGUAUAAAUUAUGAUGUCAAAGUUCAUCAAUCACUACAGUGAAGACUUGUUGUAUACUGCUACAUCAUGGUCAGCUGUUGGAAGUUCAAAACAAUCAUCAAAGCAAGAUAGACGACUAUAAAGAAGUCAUGCAGAAUAUGCACAACAUUUCUGAGGGAAUUGUGAUUUAUUAUAUGUCCACUAAAUUGGACGUCAUGUAUUUCUGGCUUGAUUUUGACUACAAUGUCUAGUAUUGUUGUUUUUGAAAAUGUAAUUUAUUUUAUGGGAAUGUAUAUAUGUUUUAUUAGAUUACAACAAUCAUUUGUCUUUAUUACGCCUAUCAUUCAAAAAAAGUAUUUUUUUAAUAACUCAGAAGGCGCAAUGUUUUUGUUAUACAUUCAAAAAUAUACUGUAUAUUGAAAUUUGGCAACAUAUUGUUAAAAAUAAUUAAACACAUUUUAUGUGUUUAAUUAGUAUGCGGUCAGGUUAAGCCCUGCCUCAGGGAAGAGGACAUCCCUGCCAUGCACAGUCCACCACAGGCACCGUUGGAGGUGCGACAGGCCUAAGGCCCAGCGGCAAGACCACCUUGCUGUAAUUGAAAUAGGUUUUUUUUUUUCAUGUUUUCGUAUAAUGUAAUAUCUUAUUAAAUAAACCUUACGCAUGUUGUCCACCAUAGUGGACGUUUCACCAA